AUGGCAGGAUCAAAUUUAAGUGUACAUGGUGAUCGCCAUGAUGAUGAUGGAAUUCCUGUUGCACGAGCUGAACUUCGUCAAAUGGAAAACUCAUUAUUGGCAGCCAUGGAGAGGAUGUUCAAUGAACGUCUUCCUACAAUGGCGGUAGGGAUCAGCAACACCAUCAUUACGCCGCACCUCAUGCAGAAGUUAGUGAUGAAAACUCAAGUGUUGGACAUGAAUUUUAUGGCCACUUUGGUGGUGGUCGUGGUAGUUGGAGGCAUGCUGGUCGUGACAACCGGCGUGGACGAGGACGCGGUCGUGGCCGCCAUGUGCACACAUGGGCCAUAUGGGCAGCGCCAUGAGCACCGUCGUGGUGCAGGAUUUGUUGAAAUGUUUCCAUACAACAAUUUGCAAGAACUUGUUGAUCAAGCUAUGCGCACAGAAAGAAAAAUUCAGCAAGAGAGGCGUGACAAAUCAUUAUCAGCUUACCAUGGCGUCAACAACAAUCAAGCAGCACCAUCUUCAGCAUCAUCACCAACACCACGCUCUGAGAGCAAGCGUCCAGCUGCAAGCACAGGGGCAACAUCAUCCACUGCUCACAGCCGAGAUAUUAAGUGCCACAAGUGCCAAGGACGUGGACAUAUUUCUGCUGAAUGUCCUAGUCAAAGGACAAUGAUUGUCAAUGAAAAUAAUGAGUGGGAAUCAGCAAGUGAUCCAGAAUAUGAUGAGUAUCCUGAUGAAGCAUUAAGUGAUAAUGAGAACGAGAUUCGAGUUGAUGUUGAUGAUAACAAGUGCUUCGUUUCUCGUCGAGUGCUUAGUGUAAAUGUUGGCAAAGAAGGCAACAGUCAGCGACAUAAUCUUUUCCACACUCGAGGUAUGAUCAAGGACAAGUUGUGUCGAAUCAUUGUUGAUAAUGGCAGCUGCAACAAUAUUGCAAGUCAAGAAUUGGUUGAAAGACUGAGAUUAAAACAGCGGCGUCAUCCCUCUCCUUACAAAAUGCAAUGGCUUAGCGAUUGUGGUGCUAUGCGUGUAAGCAAUAUGGUGACCGUGCAGUUCUCCAUUGGGAAGUACCAUGAUCAAGUGGAUUGUGAUGUGGUUCCAAUGCAAGCAUGCCAAUUGCUUUUAGGAAGAUCUUGGUUGUAUGAUCGUGAUGCUCAAAUCUGUGGACGUUCCAACAAGGUUAUUUUUAUGUACAAAGGGGAGCGCAUCUCUUUGUUUCCUUUGACUCCGGAGGAAAUAAUGAAUGAUGAUCUCAAAAAGAAGCAGCGAGAGAGCGAGAACCACUUGAGAAUGACCCACAAAAAUAGUGAGGGAGAGUUUCCACAGCCAAAUAAAACCCCACAGCUGCAAAGAACCCAGAAACUGGGAAAAGAGGGUUUAGUCAUGAUGGCUAGGAAAGGGGAUAUAAAAGAACUGAGUGAACCCGAUGCCAUGUUCUUUGUACUCCUGUACAAGGACACACUUAUUUCUACUAACAAUUUACCCACUACUUUGCCCAAUGUUGUCUUUGAUGUGUUACAGGAAUUUGAGGAUGUGUUUCCAGACGAGGUACCACCCGGGCUGCCACCCAAGAGAGGAAUUGAGCAUCAAAUCGACUUGGUGCCUGGCGCGUCACUUCCAAACCGUGCUGCAUACCGCACCAAUCCGGAGGAGACAAAGGAAAUCCAGCGACAAGUGGAAGAAUUGAUCAAAAAAGGGUAUGUGCAAGAAAGUCUUUCACCUUGUGUUGUUCCAGUUUUGUUAGUUCCUAAGAAAGAUGGAUCUUGGAGAAUGUGUGUGGAUUGCUGUGCAAUUAACAACAUCACUGUGAGGUAUAGGCACCCCAUUCCAAGAUUAGAUGAUAUGCUUGAUGAACUUAGUGGUGCUAUUGUUUUCACUAAAAUUGAUUUAAGAAGUGGCUAUCACCAAAUUCGUAUGAAGGACGGAGAUGAGUGGAAAACAGCUUUUAAAACAAAAUUUGGGCUAUAUGAAUGGUUGGUGAUGCCCUUCGGUUUAACCAAUGCACCUAGCACAUUUAUGAGAUUGAUGAAUCAUGUUCUUAGAACCUUCAUUGGAAAGUUUGUUGUUGUUUAUUUUGAUGACAUCUUAAUUUAA